AUAUCUAUCUUCGCAUGAAAAAGAAAUCCAUUUCUCUCCCACCAUUAAAAAUGGCGACCCCAUUUCCUGUGGUCUAUAAACUAUCUUCCCCAUCUUCAUCUCCAUGGAGCUUCUGCGACAUUUAGCUUUUCUUAUUGCUGAGCCUUUCAAACGCAAGAAAAAUUCCUUGAUAUUAUGGAUAUACCCAGAGAGAGACCUUUCAACUAGGGGGCUCCCUUUGCUCGUCUCUGUUUCCCAUCUUCAAAUUACUCGGGCCCCCCAUACACGAGCAGAUAAAUUUUACUCAGAGCUACACAGCUCCUUCUCGUUCUUCUUCUUCUUCGCCUUGAUGCCUCAACACCGAGCAUCGUCGUUGAUGGAACCGCUUCUUCGUUGUAGCAAUGGCGGAACCAGCCAUGUCUGUGAUAUCAUAAGCUGGUUUGAAGAUGUAACCAACAACGCUGGUUCUGUUCAGACGCAGAUGCUAUCCAAGAUUCUGAAGCAGAACUGUGGGGCUGAAUACCUCAAGAAAUGGCUCGGGGACUAUAAUGUUCAAGACAUGGAUGAUUGUGCAUUGGAAUCGCUUUUCACUUCUGUGGUUCCUCUGGCAUCGCAUGCCGAUUUUGAGCCCUUUAUCCAGAGGAUUGCGGAUGGGGACACAGCCCCUUUACUCACUCAACAAUCCAUAACCACCCUUUCCUUGAGUUCUGGAACCACAGAGGGGAGGCAGAAGUUUGUACCUUUCACCCACCAUAGCGCGCAGACUACCCUCCAAAUAUUCACUUUAGCAGCAGCUUAUAGAUCAAAAGUUUAUCCCACAAGAGAAGGAGGGAGGAUUUUAGAAUUCAUAUAUAGCAGCAAGCAGUUCAAAACAAAAGGAGGCUUAACGGCAGGAACGGCCACAACGCACUACUACAAGAGCCAAGAGUUCAAGAUCAAGCAGGAGAAAACGAAGUCUUUUACUUGCAGUCCAGACGAAGUAAUAUCUGGAGGAGACUACAAACAAGUCACUUAUUGCCACCUCCUCCUCGGCCUUUUUUACUCUGAACAAGUCGAGUUCAUAACCUCGGCCUUUGUCUACAGCAUAGUCCAAGCCUUUCGCAACUUCGAAGAGCUGUGGAGAGAAAUAUGUUGCGACCUCAGGAAUGGUACUGUGAGUUCCAGAAUUAAAGUACCCAGAGUGAGAAAUUCUGUUCUGGGGAUUCUCUCCGAUCCAAACCCGUCUCUGGCUUCAAAAAUAGAAGUCAAAUGCCAGGAACUAGAAAAGGUGAACUGGUUUGGUUUAAUUCCUAAGCUGUGGCCAAAUGCCAAGUAUGUGUAUUCCAUAAUGACAGGGUCCAUGGAGCCGUAUUUGAAAAAGCUAAGGCAUUAUGCAAAGGGUUUGCCAUUAGUGAGUGCUGAUUAUGGAUCUACAGAGAGCUGGAUUGGGGUUAAUGUGGAUCCGGGUUUGCCUCCAGAGAAUGUGACAUUUGCUGUAGUGCCCACUUUCUCUUACUUUGAAUUCAUACCACUCCACAGAUCCCAGAAAGCACAAGAAUGCAAUUCGGCUGGUGAUGAUUUCGUGGAAGACAAGCCAAUCCCAUUGUCCCUGGUUCAAGUUGGACAGAAGUAUGAAAUAGUCCUCACAACUUUCACCGGGCUAUACAGAUGUCGAUUAGGGGACGUGGUGGAAGUAGCAGGGUUUCACAACAGGACGCCGAAGCUGAACUUCAUAAGCAGAAGGAAGCUAAUUCUAACAGUGAACAUAGACAAGAACACGGAGAAGGACCUCCAACUAGUGGUAGAGAGGGGCUCGCAGCUUCUGAGCACGGUCCAAAAGAAAGCCGAGCUAGUGGACUUCACGAGCUAUGCUGACGUGUCGAACCAACCGGGACACUACGUUAUAUACUGGGAAGUCAAAGGUGAGGUGGAGGACGAGGUUCUUGAGGAAUGUUGUAGGGAGAUGGAUGGAGCUUUUGCAGACCAUGGGUAUGUGGUGUCCAGGAAGACCAAUUCCAUUGGACCUCUCGAGCUUCGCUUGGUGGAGAGAGGAACCUUCAAGAAGAUUCUAGAUUACUUCGUCGCUAAUGGGGCUGCUUUGAGCCAGUUCAAGACUCCUAGGUGCACUAAUAAUCAAGUGCUUCUCAAGAUUCUUAACACUUGCACCGUGAAAAGUGUUCGUAGCUCUGCUUACUGUUCCCGGGAAUGAGAAGAAGCUACUUCGUUGGGUAUACUUUGUUAAGGUCGUAUUUUGAAUUUGCUAAGUAUGUCUACUGAUCAUUUCGUUAGCAAGCUAGUUUUUGUCCGAAUUUUUAUGUUACUCGUGUAAUCAAAUAUAGUAUUCUCAAUGAAGUCUGCUUAACCCUCCAA